UUAAGAAAAUGUCUCGCCGACAACACGAUGUGUGUAGAUUCCUUUUGUUUCAGCACUUUGGGAAACAGACAUCUGUUGUUGGUAGAUAUCUACUUCAAAGAUCGUCAUGUUCUCUUCCAUUAAUAUCGUCAGAAACAAGUAUAGAACCAGAACAGGUGAAGAAGAUUUUGUGCAUUUUAAUUCAACAAAACAUAGUGACAUUUGAGCAACACAAAAGAGGUUAUAUUGAGUAUUCAAUCAAAGAAGAAGAGAUACUGAAUCGCUUACGAAUUCCAAAGUACAUAUACUGUGCCAAGACUUUGUAUGGAGAUGCUGCUGAGCUUUUACUUGAGGAGGUUUUACAAAGAGGACAAGUUCAAAUGUCAAAGGUCAUUCAGAUAGUAAUGCAAAGAUUUAAUGAGGCACUAGAAACUUCAGGGAAAACAAAAAUAUCAGAGAGCUUUGUAUCUGAAAAGUUUUCCAGCUUAGUGAAGACACAUUUCCUACAAAGAUGUUUAGAUCCAGUGAAGUCUGAGUCCAGUAAAGUAGUAGGACUGGAAGCAGGGGUAGAGGAGGAGACAUUGUAUACAUUACCAGAUCUGUCUAGAAAGAGGAAGAGAUCACCGGAGGGGGGUCCACCUGCAAAACGGCCAAAGUCUGAAGACGAGAACCAGAUGGAUUCUGAUGAUGGAAUUUUCUGGAGAGUUAACUGUGAAAGAUUCCACCAACACUUCAGAGACCAAGCCAUUGUUCAAGCCAUUUCCAGCAAGAUCGAUAGGAAUGCUGGAGAAGUCCUGAGGGCCAUACUGAGAGCCAGUGAAGUAAAGACUGCCAGCAUGGCUACUGCUACCACACCUUUAUCAGUUACUGAGAUAUUUAAUGCCCUACCUAAGGACUUGAUGACACGUUCCCUGUUAGAAACCUACCUGUCUCUAAUCUGUGAUGAUUCUACAAACUUUCUAUCUCGAGUUGGAGACAGUGGAGGGGGAAUGUACUCCAUAAGUAUAUAUGAAGCCCUGACUCAGCUGGCUAAAGCUCACAUAGAGUCAGUUGUUCAAGAAAGGUUUGGUUCCAAAUGUCUUAGAAUUUUUAGAGUAUUACUUCUUAAAAAACAUCUGGAGCAAAAACAGAUAGAAGAUUUUGUAAUGAUUUCAGCAAAAGAAGCAAAAGAUCUUUUAUACACAUUAUUUUCAGAAAACUUUGUCACCACUACAGAAAUAUCCAAGACCCCUGACCAUGCCCCCUCUAGAACCUACUACCUAUUCACAGUUAACAUCCAGCAGGUGGCUUCUCUAGUAUUGGACAGGUGCUAUAAGGCUUUGUACAAUGCCAUGUUAAAGAAAGAGGCAGAAGUAACUGAGCACAGGCGUUUGCUGGACAAGCAAGAGAGGAUGGAAGCCAUUGCUGCAUCAGUAGAGGAUGCAAACCAGCGGGAGGAGAUCCUAAUGACCAUAACCCCCUCAGAACAGGAGCAGAUCAACAAAGUCAGAUGUACCAUUCGAAUGUUAGACCAAAGUGAACUUCAAAUUUCUGAGGGCAUAUUUAUUCUGGAGAGAUAUCUUUUAUAUUUUAAACUAAGACAGAAGGACAAGUCAUAAUAAAUGUGUUUUGAUGAGGAA